AUGGCUUUUGUGAUGCUUCACAAGCAGCAGCUCAUCGUUGAAGUUCAAGAAGAACUGUCAACCAUAAAUGUUAAGUUUGGUUCGUCGGACAUAGUAUUGUGGACUGAUUCCUCAGUGGUACUUGGAUGGAUUCAAUCAGUGGUCCAACUGAAGUCGUUUGUAGCCAACCGGAUAACACAAAUUUUGGAGAAUACCGAAGCUAAAAUGUGGCGCCAUGUUCCUACUUCUAGUAAUCCAGCGGAUUUGAUAACUAGAGGAACCAACGCAGACACAUUAGCUCUUCCCAAUCACAUCUGGUGGUAUGGGCCAAGUUGGAUAGCUAAUACAGAGGCUUCAUGGCCGGCUGAAAUACAUCCUAAAGAAGACCUUCCAGAGGUACGUCCCAUUAAGUUAGCUCUUUUGACCACACAUGGUGAUGCAAAUUGGAUCAUUGACCGUUGUUCCAACUGGCGGAAGUUAAUGCACGUAACUGGAUAUGUGUUACGAUUUGUAUAUAACUGUAAAAUACCUAAGCUUAAAAAAGAUGAUCGUCGGUUUGGCUCUUUAAGUGUUGCUGAACUUGAUGCAAGCCAGUUGUUUUGGUUACUUCGGUCUCAGAUAGAAGAUUUUAACUCUGAAAUGAGCUCACUGAUACGUGGAAAUGAUGUUGAUCGUCGAAGUUGUUUAAAAUCUCUGAAUCCGUUUCUUGAUGUUGAUAAGGUAAUACGAGUGGGAGGCAAAUUGGCUUAUGCUCCAAUACCUGAAAAUCAAAAGUGUCCAAUUGUUCUGUCUUCAAAGAAUCCAAUUGUCAAAAUGUUAUUUCAAUAUGGACAUAUUCGAUUGCUUCACAUCGGUCCUCAAGGACUCUUGGCUCACAUCCAUAGGACAUAUUGGCCUAUCAGAGGCAGAAGCUUAGCUCGUCAAACUGUCCAUAAAUGCACAAUCUGUUUUCGAUCCAAACCACUAAUGCUCCAACCUGUCAUGGCUCCCUUGCCUUCAGUUCGUGUUACUAGAUGUCGGGCAUUCGAAAAGGCUGGUGUUGAUCUGUGCGGUCCUAUCAAUAUUCGUAGCGGUUUGAGAAAGGUCACGCCAUUGAAGCAUUACAUUGCAGUUUUUGUAUGUAUGGUUACGCGUGCAAUUCAUUUGGAGCUUGUUCGAGAUUUAUCUUCGGAUGCGUUUAUUUCUGUAUUAUUCCUGUUUAUUGCCCGCCGAGGUUAA